UUAAACCAGGACCGUGAAAGUCGAAAGGAAACAGCCUCAGUCCUCAGAACGAGAAUCCAUCUUUGGUUGAACUGACGCAGCUCGUGAAAUGGCUCUCCGUGUUACCAGAAAUCGUUUGGCCUCCACCAGGACCGACCUCCCCGGGAAGUCGUGCUCGGUGACCGGGCCCACGCUCAAGCCUCGGGCGGCUCUCGGAGAAAUCGGGAACGUCGCAGUGAAGGAGGUGCAGAGGAAGAACAUCAAGACCGAAGCAGCAAAGAAGACUAAAGUGACCAAAGUUGAGAAAACCGUAGCAGUGGUGGAACCACCAAAAGCACCAAAGAAUGUUGUUCCUGUUAAACCUGAGCCCGAGGUGCAGGUUCUCCCUGAACCAGUAUCCCCCACUCCAAUGGAGACUUCUGGCUGUGAGCCUCGUGACCUCUGCCAGGCUUUUUCAGACGUCAUGCUGGAAACUGCAGUCAGGGACGUGGACGCAGACGACUACGACAACCCAAUGCUCUGCAGCGAAUAUGUGAAGGACAUUUACAAGUACCUGCGGCAGCUUGAGGUUGAGCAGAACGUCAGACUCCAUUACCUGCAGGGCCACGAGGUCACCGGUAACAUGCGAGCCAUUCUCAUCGACUGGCUGGUGCAGGUCAGCCUGAAGUUCCGUCUGCUGCAGGAAACCAUGUACAUGACUGUGGGAAUCAUUGAUCGCUUUCUUCAGGACCACCCAGUCCCCAAGAAGCAGCUGCAGCUGGUCGGUGUCACCGCCAUGUUCCUCGCUUCCAAAUACGAGGAGAUGUAUCCCCCGGAGAUCUCAGACUUUGCCUACGUGACGGACCGGGCCUACACCACUGCCCAGAUCAGAGACAUGGAGAUGACCAUCCUGCGGCAGCUCAAGUUCCAGCUCGGCCGCCCUCUGCCCCUGCAGUUCCUCAGGAGGGCCUCAAAGAUUUAUGAGGUGACUGCUGAGCAGCACACCCUGGCUAAGUACCUCCUGGAGCUCACCAUGGUGGACUAUGAGAUGGCUCACUUCCCACCUUCCCUGUUGGCCAGUGCUGCCUUCGCUCUCACCCUCCAGAUCCUGGAUGCUGGUGAAUGGGAUGUGACGCUGCAGCACUACAUGGACUACACAGCAGAGAGUUUGAUUCCUGUGAUGGCGCACAUUGCCAAGAACGUUGUGAAGGUGAACGACAGCCUGACAAAGCACAUGGCCAUCAAGAGCAAAUACUCCACUUCAAAGCAGAUGAGGAUCGCCACCAUCUCGCAGCUCAAGUCUUCUGUGGUGAAGGAUUUCGCUAAGCGGCUCACACAGUGAGAAGACAGUUUCUGGCACCAUGUGUCGAUUUGUACAUUUGUAACUUAAAUGUUUUUAACGUGUCUGACGGAUCGGCACGCAGAGAACCAUGUCGGUGGUUUGCAUGACUAACAAUCGGAUCUCGCGUUAUCUCUUGCCGACUUUUCCAAAGCAUGCCACACGUUUUUUGAGUUCAUGGUUUCAAUCUGAAAUCUACACCUCAUGAGAUUCAGUCAACCAGUGACCACUGUAAUGCUACAACUCACUAUUUUCACCAUGUCUGUUCAAAACAUGGCUCAUAAUGCACUACUCCGUUGGCUGAACUCUUAAUGUUGCCGUAAACGUCAUUUGCUGUUGCAUCUGAAACGUGUCACAUGCUUUCAGAAUGGUCGGCCAUGGAAAGGUCCAAUGGGCAGUAGUGGCCCUUUCUGAUCUUUUUAUUUUUAAUGGUAUAUUCUUAAUGUGUGACAGUAUGUAAAAUGUACAGCAAUACUUUUAAAUGAUUUUACCUAAAUGACUUUUUCUUAAAAGCAUCUAUUAAAUGGUUCUGACCAGA